AUGGCAGCUAGAUUAUUGUGGGCUUCUAGGGUUGCUUCUCAUCUAAGGAUCUCCGUUGCUCAACGAGGGUUUUCUUCGGUGGUUUUGAAGGAUCUGAAAUAUGCUGAUUCACAUGAAUGGGUGAAGAUUGAGGGUAACAAAGCGACGUUUGGUAUAACGGACCACGCACAAGACCAUUUGGGAGAUGUGGUCUAUGUGGAGUUGCCUGAUUUGGGACGUUCCGUGACACAAGGAGAGAGUUUUGGAGCUGUUGAGAGUGUGAAAGCAACUAGUGACAUCAAUUCUCCAGUCUCCGGUAAGGUUGUUGAAGUCAAUGAGGACCUAACCGAGUCCCCUGGAUUGGUGAACUCGAGCCCGUAUGAACAAGGAUGGAUUAUAAAGGUGGAGCUCAGUGAUGCAGGCGAGGCAGAGAAGCUAAUGGAUUCAGACAAGUACUCUAAGUUCUGCGAAGAAGAAGACGCCAAGCACUGA